GUACACGGAAGUGAGAGUGGAGAGCGGAGAGGUGAAGCGGUGACGGUGGUGAAACAUGUCUUGUGGUUUACUGAGCAGGGCUGUCGGUGUGUACCAGCUCAGCAGGGCAACAACGCUGCUGACCGGAACCCGGUUUUACUCUCACACCGAACCGGAGCCGCUGACGGUGAGACAACAAAACAACGGAAUAAGGAGAAUAAUAUUGAACAAUCCCAAGAAGAGGAACGCUCUGUCAUUGUCCAUGCUGGAGUCUCUCAGAGAGAACAUCCUGACUGAUGUCGACAGUGAAGACCUCAGAGUUAUUAUCCUAUCAGCCAAAGGUCCAGUGUUUUCCUCCGGACACGACCUGAAGGAGUUGACGUCAGCUCAGGGCAGAGAAUAUCACACAAAGGUGUUUCACACCUGUGCAGAGGUAAUGACUCUCAUACAAGACAUACCUGUUCCGGUGGUCGCCAUGGUGAAUGGUGUUGCCACGGCGGCUGGUUGCCAGCUCGUUGCUAGCUGUGACAUUGCUGUUGUGACGGAAAAGUCCACCUUCGCCACUCCGGGUGUCAAUGUGGGUCUGUUCUGCUCGACGCCGGCGGUGGCCAUCGGCAGAGCCGUGCCGAGGAAGGUUGCCAUGGAGAUGCUCUUCACAGGAACUCCCAUCUCAGCCCAUGAUGCUCUGCUGCACGGCCUGGUAAGUAAGGUGGUGCCAGAAGAGCGACUGGAAGAGGAGACGAUGGCCAUUGCCCAGCGGGUGUGCCAGGCUAGCCGACCCGUCGUAGCCCUCGGCAAAGCCACUUUCCAAAGACAAAUGGCUCAAGGCCGAGAUGCAGCAUAUGCCACUGCCUCCAAGGUGAUGGUCGACAACCUGGCUCUGAGAGACGGACAGGAGGGUAUCCGGGCCUUCAUAGAGAAACGCAAGCCAGUGUGGAGCAAUAGAGCAGAAAAAGCCCAUGACUGAUGGACUGUUGGAGUGACAGUCACUGAGUCAUUUUUCCUGACUGGUACAGAUGGUGUGGAAUAAUUAGCACCAGUCAUGAGCCAGUGAUUUGGCAUCACAGCUGUUAAAAUGUAGUUGUGUAAUGAUAAGGAUUGAAGUUUGAAUUGUUGACUUCAUCUUCCCAGAGGAUUCCCUCAUUGUUGCUGUGACUUCAGACAAAUAGCUGAACCACUGUGUGCCUUAAAAACUGUAGUGUGGAGAUGAGAGGGAAAUGUAUAUACCAUCCAGAGGACUCAAGCUGGCUGACUCAUGAAGCUAAAGAAUGCUGCUCUGUGUACAGUAUUUGUGCAAUAAAUAGGCUCACACAUUGGGAGGGGUUACUUUGAAGUUGGUGAUUGUCUGUUUAAGCUCUUCCCAGUCUUGGAUGGACACAAAAAUCUUCUGGUUGAAUCAUCAGUGUAAAAGAUAACAACUGUGUUAGAAAAUAUCUUUGAUAUAAUGUCAAAGGAAUAAGCAUUUGUACUUUAAAAAGUGAAGAGAGAUGUUAACAAGAGCUCUUAAGGGGGCAUGAAGCAUCCAAACACCAAGCUGAUAGAAUAUUCACUUUUUUGGAUUCAAGGUCAAUUUUGAAUUAAUUUUGUAUCAAUUGUGUGUUUUUUCUUUUAUUUGUGACAAUGAUUCAUUUUGCAUUUCUUGUACACCUGAUUUCUGCGAUUUGUUUCUUUUAAGCAACAGUGGGUGGCCCGUGAAAUUAAACUGUAGUAUCAUUAAAUUAAUAAUUGCA